GCUCCACACAUCGCCACUGCCACUGCCACCCUUAUCCCGUCUCGUGUCACCAAAACAAAGGACAAAAUGCGUCUCUCCCUCCUCCUCUUGGGGCUCCUCGCCCCGUCCCUCAUUCUCGCCGCGGAUCCCUGCAAUCCCCGCUACUACCCGGAUGGCAUGGUCUGCGUGUGUGACGAACUCUGGUGCGACACCAUCGAUCCCCUCACCCCCACGCCGAACGGAAUCGUCCAAAUUUUUGAGAGCGAUCGCGACGGAAACAAGCGCUUUGUCCGCCGCCUCCAAUCCUUCAACGGGACCGAAGACCCAGUCGGCCAGGUUUGGAACGUCAUCCUUCAACCGACCACACUCCACCAAGAGAUGCUCGGCAUUGGGGGCUCCUUCAGCGACGCGGCCGCCUUAAACCUUGGUCGACUAAGCCCCAAAAUGUUGCGGGAUGCGUACACCUCCUUCUAUGGCGCCACUGGGGCUGAAUUCGCGUUGGGAAGAAUCACAAUUUCCGGGUCGGACUUCUCCACCCGGCCGUAUUCGUAUGACGACGUGGCAGAAGACAUUGGCCUGGACUCGUUCGGCUUGGUGGAUGAGGAUCUUUUGUUCAAGAUCCCACAACUCAAACUGGCCAAGGAGUUGGCCGCUCAACCGGUUAAAUGGUACGGUUCCUCGUGGGCGCCUCCAGCCUGGAUGAAAACGAACGGGAUCGUCAAUGGGAACGGGACUUUGAGGGAUGGGCCUGGUUCUGCUAUUUGGGAGUCUUAUUCGCAAUACUUGGUCAAAUUCUUGGACGCAUACAAGGCCGAAGGCGUCGAUCUUUGGGGAAUGACAGUUCAAAACGAGCCCAUGACCGGCUUCUCAGAAACCUUCCCCUGGAACACGUGCGGCUUCACGGCCGCCAUGGAGCGUGACUUCAUCGUCCAACAUCUCGGCCCAAACCUUCGCUCCGCCGGGUACAAUACCCCGACCAAUUUCUCCCUCAUGAUUCUAGACCACGAUCGCGUCCACGUGCAGAACUGGACCGAGACCAUUCUUGCGGACCCUGUCUCGAACGAAUUUGUGGCUGGAACGGGUGUCCACUGGUAUGGCAGCGACUCAGUCCCGGUCUCCGUGUAUGACGAGAUUGUCGCCAGAUUCAACAAAUUCGUCCUCCUCACCGAGGCCUCCAUGGUCUUCGGGGAGGACCCGGUCGGUCUUGGGAGCUGGUACUUGGCCGAAACUUACAUGCAAGACAUCGCCUCCACGACGCAACACUCCGUCGCGGGAUGGACGGAUUGGAACUUGGCGCUCAAUACGUCGGGUGGUCCCACCUGGGCGGGAGUUAGUGAGAGGUCAGCACCCAUUAUUGUGAGCGAUGAUGCCACAGAGUUCUACAAGACGCCGAUGUACUAUGCGCUUGCGCAUUGGAGCAAGUUUGUCGUUCCGGGAUCGAGACGAAUUGCGACGGUUCCAGUGUUUCCGGGUACUUCCGAUUUCCGUGUUACCGCCUUCCUCCGCCCGGAUGGUAGCGUGGCUAUCGUCUCGUACAAUAUGUUCGAGGAUGACCAGGUCCUCAACUUGACGGUUCCAAACAAAGGAACGAUUAAGAUCCGAGUGGGUGCCAAGUCUUUCAACAGUUAUUUGUAUUAUUAGACUUAAUCUGGCUAUCUUAAUCUAAAAGCGUUUUUAUUAGAAAGAUAAAGUUGAAAUAAAACUGGUCAUUCGUUCAA